CUUGCAGCAGCAACCUUCACGUUAUUUUACAGUUUAAUGUGGGGUAAAGAAGUUGCGGAACAGUGGUUGUCCUCGAUCUUGAUAUCAAAUGGACAAGACAUUUUUGUUGUUCAACCAACAAAAGUAAUGCUAGCUGUUGUUUUGAUUUCAUUGCUGAUGACCAAAACUCAAAAGAAUAAUAGCCAAGAUUCAAAUGAUGAUAGAGACAGUGUCUCCUGUGAAAUCGAUUUGCUAAGUGAUAACCCUAAAGAGCGUUUUAAGCGAUCGAGAUUGGAAGCCAUUCGUGAGCGAACUAAAAAGGAGGUGAAGCUGGCAGGAAUGACGAAGGAGAUUGUCGUCCAUUUAAUUUUUGUCUUCUUCUUGGUGGUAGUAUGCUAUGGAAACAAGACACAGUAUCGUAUUAUGAUGACAACGACACUGCUUGAUCCAUUUGCUAAAUUUGACCUGGUAAGGAAGUAUUUUUAUAUAUAAUAACCUGCCAACAUCCCUGACUGGGCCUCCAUGAUUAUCAGCACAAAAUGCCUUAAAUGUGGCACUAAAUUUGAGACUACAAUCGGUGAAGAAAUUAGUUGAAACACCUCGCCCUAAAGGGCCUUUCUAACGUUUUGCUAACUUAAAAAAUCGAAAGUAAAGCUUACCCUCCCUCGUAUCCUCCAUCCAAUAUUUUGCCGCUGUUCAAGCUACCUGUAGAAAACAACAAAAAACCCCAACUUUGUAUGGAGGGGCGGAGGAGGAGGUGUGGAUUGUUUUGUUCUGCGAAGUUGCCCCAGUUGAGGACAAUGUCUCAACGACUUUGUCGCCAAUUGCAAAUAUAUCAAAUUUAUCGAUAAGUAUGCAGCUGAGAAACUUGCUCAAAAGACUGAUGGAUUUAAGCGUACACGCUUCAAACGCUUUAACGAUGAGCUUUGUACAGUUUCAUUAACAAAGAGUAAGAAUGAACCCUUAAUUUUUUAUAUUUCUUACCCGCCAAUGUGUCGUUAUCCAUCAUGACUAUCGUUCGCGGAUUUUUUUUUUCAGGUAACAGGCAGUCAAAAACUGGAUGGUUGGCUAAGGCAAGAGUUUCUCCCAAAUAUUUAUCACCGAUCAUGGUACAAUGGACUUCAGGAUGAAGACAUAUACAUUGGGAACAAGAUAUCCAUACUGAUUGGCAUGCCGUGGAUGAGACAAUUGAGGAUUAAAAGAGGCAAGUGAGUUGCAGUAAGCUAUUACCAUGUAUCCUGAACGAAACAAUCGACAACAAAAUCAAAUUCACUUAAACUAGUAGUUCAGUUUAUACUAAGGAAUACACUUGCCCACAUGAAGCGGGUGAAAAGCCGAUACGCCAACCAAACUCAAACAAUGACCGUGUUCUUUUUGUACCAAUGAAUAUCUAUUGUUGGCAUUACAGCUGUUAUGGUGAUGUACGCGGAGUUGUCCAGUUACCGUCGCUCAUGUAGUACCUUCCGGAAGGAUCUCCAUAUAUAAGAUUUUCUCAAUUCUAUCGAAAGGUGGUUCACUGGCACCAUCAACACCCAGCAAAUUUAAUGCUAUUCAGUUUGCGACUGCUUAAAAGGAGUCGUUUAUAAUAUCGAAGAAUUCUCUUUUUUUUCCUUAUAUAUUUUCAAUUCUUCAUUCAUCAAAGAUGUUCCUUUUAACAAUAAAAUGUCAGAAUCAAAAAGCUCAUUGCAACUGUUAUGUUUUUUUCUCAGAUUCUUGUAAGUCCCUUCCUGAACUUAUCCAAGACUGCUAUCACGACUACUCCAGCAAACACGAAGAAACCACGCCCCUGCGUCUUCCAGGCUGGAAACCACUUCCUCACAAUACGUCGUGGCCCGAGGCUCUAAACCUGUGCCCAAAACCUUGGCGUUACCAAACAAGUGAAGAACUAGAUAAUAAUCCCAUUAAAGCUACCUACAACACUUAUGAAGGAGGUGGUUAUGUUGCCGUCUUGGGAUAUGACGAAGCAACUGCCCGAGGUGUCCUGGGGGAAACUUUUGGUCAUGGAUGGGUUGACCGCCAAACACGAGCAGUGAUCCUGGAGUUCGCGGUGUUCAACGUGAACACGAACCUCCUCAGCAUCGCCACGUAUUUUUACGAGGUUAUCGCCACCGGUGCCGCCUACACUACUAGAAGGGUUGACACAGUCGAGUUGUACACAACAGAGUCUGGCGCUCUACUGUUCUACCUAAUUUGCCAAUUUCUUUUCAUGGCCAUGGCACUUUAUUACUUUAUCUUAAUGUUAGUCCAUCUUUACCGACAACGACUUGGAUUUUUCAAAUCAGUUUGGAAUAUGGUUGAUUUCUUAAUGGUCAUUUUCUCUGUAGCGUCAGUGGCGUUUUAUAUGAUUCGAUCCAAGACUGUUUUAAAGAGCAUCAAAGCCAUUCGGAAUAAUCCCUAUGAAAUUGUGCAUUUUCAUGCUGCUCUUGAUUGGGCCAACUGGGAAAACAUUGCAACUGCUUUUGCUAUUUUUAUGGUUACAGUUAAGAUGCUGAACCUGAUCCGUUUUAACCCCUAUGUCAUAUACUUAUUUUCAUCUUUCCGCCAGUCUGUUGGCUACCAGUUGUCCUACGUGGGUUUCUUCGUGAUCAUCUUUAACGCUUUCGUAAUAUCGGGAAUGAGGUUUUUUGGCCGUACAGUGGAAGAGUAUUCCAGCUACAUCAAUUCCGUAAUGUCUCAGUUUGAGUUUCUUCUGGGAAAGGCUGUCCCACUGAGUGGCCUUCGAAGUGAGAAUCCAUUUUUAGGGCCUUCGUUCGCUUUCAUGUACAUGUUAAUGAUGACUGUAUUCCUUAUGAAUAUGCUAGUGUCUGUUCUUAACGAGUCCUACUCUGACGCAAAAGCAAACGCAGAAGAGAGUGCGGAGGAACUUGAGAUGGCACGCUUUAUUGGGGAGAGAUUUAUGGAGGUUUUUAAGGGUAACAAAAAGCGGCCCGAAUUCAAAUUAUACUGUGAUGAGGCCACAUUUGUCAAUAUGUGUCAAUCGGAAGCGGAACCCUUUUGUUUGAAUUCUGAAAGUAUCAUUAAGUGUACGGAAGAGAGGCUGGAAAAGGUUGAGAAAAGACUCUUUGUUCUAUCUCGACGUGCAGAAAAGAUGAAUACUUCUUAUGAGCAAGAGGAAACUGACUUCCUCGACCUCCUCCAAACAAUGGCGAAUCUUAGGACGGGUGAAACCAGUCACACAUAA